AUGGCGAUGAAGACUCUCUCGGCCAAGAAUGCCGCUGCUCUGGACAAGGAUCUCAUGAGCAUCGGAGCCUUCUCCAUUGAUCAGCUUAUGGAACUCGCUGGGCUCUCAGUAUCUCAAGCUGUCUAUCGUAUUCAUCCACCAAGCAGAGGAAGAAGGAUCUUAGUAGCUUGUGGACCGGGAAAUAAUGGUGGUGAUGGACUUGUUGCUGCGAGACAUCUCUGGCAUUAUGGCUACAAACCGAUGAUUUAUUACCCCAAGCAAGCCAAGAAUGAUUUGUAUCAGCGUCUCUCGACCCAACUCAAAAACCUCAAUAUUCCGUUCACAGACGACUUUCCCACCGCACUGGAAGAGACGGAUCAUGUCAUCGACGCCAUUUUCGGAUUCUCCUUUUCAGGCGAAGUUCGUGAGCCUUUUCCUGCAGUCAUCCGUGCGUUAGAAGAAACCCGAAUCCCUGUGACAUCAGUCGACGCACCCUCGUCCUGGAACAUCGAAGAGGGGCCGCCGAAGGAGGGACCUGGAGCCAAGUUCAAUCCGGAAGUGUUGGUCAGUUUGACGGCGCCGAAACCGUUGGUGAAGUACUUUAAGGGAAGGCAUUUUAUUGGCGGCAGGUUUGUGAGCCCGGAUAUCCGGAAGAAAUAUGAUUUGUGGCUACCAGAGUACGAGGGCAUUGACCAAGUUGUUGAGGUGGGAAGCAAUGGGCAGAAACUGUAG